AAUAAACUAAAUUAGUUGCAUUGAUUGCGCUAGCCUUUUAUGUAACGUAAUGUGAAGUCCAGCCAAUAUUGUUGUUAGUAUAUUAUUUUGGACGAGGACGAACAUUAGCCGGCUCAAGGCUGAGCCCGCCCUGUGCUUCUGUGAGUGUACGGAACAAACGAAAUCGAAAGGCUGUCUCUGACUCACAGGCGUAGGUUACUUGCUCUGUACUCAGUACUCUAGAUCACCUUGACAAUGAAAGUGAAUUGGACAAUGUGGACGCGAUCUAUUCGUAUAAAAACCGGAGCACUUCAUGUCAAAAUUAUUCAGUUGCCAACAUUUGCAGCAUAAACAUGUACGCCAAGUUGAUCGUCGCUCUUUGCGCUUUGGGAGUGGUCCGCGCCAGCGGCUACUUGGAAGCUGGACACCUGGGCUACAGCGCUCACGCCAUCGCUGCCCCCGCUGUGGUGACCAAGACCAUCACCCCUGCCGUCUCCUCCGUGUCCUCCUACUCCAGCCACACCUCCCACGGUAGCCCCGUCGCCUACGCCGCCGCCCCCGUCGUCGCUAAGGCGUACGCUGCCCCCGCCGUCGCCGCAUACGCCGCUCCCGUGGCCACUUACGCCGCUGCGCCCGCCGUCGCCGUGACCAAGACCAUCGCUCCCGCCGUGAGCUCCAUCUCCUCCUACUCCACCCACACCGCUCACGGCUCUCCCGCCGUGGCGUACUCCGCCCCCGUUGCCUACGCCGCUCACGCCGCUCCCGUGGCCUACGCUUCCCACGCCGCUCCCGCGUCUUACGCCGCUCCUGCCGCGUACGCUGCCCCUGCUGCCUACGCCGCGUACUCUGCCCCCGCUGUGGUAACUAAGACCAUCAGCCCCGCUGUGUCCUCCGUGUCUUCUUACUCCAGCCACACUUCUCACGGUGCGUCUUACGCCGCUCCCGCUGUCGCUGCGUACGCUGCCCCCGCCGUCGCCACCUACUCUGCUCCCCUGGUCGCCAAGACUUACGCCGCUGCUCCCGUGGCCACUUACGCCGCUGCUGCUCCCAUCGUCAAGUCCAUCUCUUACUCCGCUGCCCCCGCUGUCUCUCACAUCUCCUACAGCGGCCACGGCGCUAACUACGGUUGUUCCGGAUAUUAUUCUUUUGAGGAUACAGCCCUUUGCAGGCCAUUGAUACUUGUACUUUGCGCAACUUUUAUUUUUGGCCAAAAUACUACGCUUACGGCGUCUGAUGUUAAUGAUUUGGCAACAACUACCUCAGAUGAGCCUACUACAGAAACAAAGAAAAAUGACACGACACAACCUAAGCCUGAAGGCUUCGUGCCACUCUCCAGGAGUGAUUUUUCAGGUAUGGACAUAAAGGAUAAAGCGUUUUCAUCUUCUAAAAAAUUGUCUCAAGAAGGUCGCAAUCAUUUACCUGUAUACCUGCCCCCUCUAGUGUCGUUAGAGUCUACAGCUGCAAACGUAAACAGUUUAGCUGGACCCACACUCGUAGAGCCUGUUGACGAAGACGAUGCAAGUUCCUCGACUUCGAUAACUUCUGGUCUACGUUCCGGAGAAUCUACAUCAUAUUCUGCCUCAAUUAUCUCUGGCCCCAAGAAGAAUGAAAUGAGUGCUGCAAAUACAAAUAAACCUCUCCCUUUGAAGUUGGAAACCAUUACGUCGACCACAGCUAAAGCGGAGGUAAUUCAUCCUAAGGAAGAAGUUAAGGUAGAAACAUCUACCGAAAUUGCGCAGCCUAUUAAAAGCUAUCAUACUGUGAUACAUCCGCCGACAAUUCAACUGUUUUUAAAUCUUAUCUUACGGGUUAACGACCUAAAUAUUGGAUUGUUUAUGUGUUACUUCAAUAAGUAUCUUGAAGUUAACUUAUUUCUGUGUUUCUAUCAGGUCGUAGUAUUCCUGUGCGCGGCGAGCCUGGCGUCCGCCGGCCACCUGCUGCAAGCCGCCGCGCCCGUGGCGUACAGCGCGCCCGUAGCGUACAGCUCAGCGCCCGCCGUCUCCUCCGUGUCGUUCUCCUCGCACACCGCGCACGCUCCCGUCGCCACCUACUCCGCGGCGCCUGCUGUCGCCACCUACCACGCGGCCCCCGCCGUCGCUGCCUACUCCGCCCCAGUAUACGCCAAGUCCAUCGCUCCCGCCGUGUCCUACUCCUCCGUGUCCACUCACUCCGCCCCAGUGUCUUACGCUAGGACCUACGGCCCCGCAGUCAGCACCUACGCCGCCGCCCCUGUGAUCACCAAGACCAUCGCUGCUCCCGCUGUUGCCACCUACUCUGCCCCAGUGUACGCCAAGUCCAUUGCCCCCGCAGUGUCUUACUCCUCCGUGUCCACUCACUCCUCUCCCGUAUCUUACGCUAGGACCUACGCUGCCCCCGCUGUCGCUACCUAUGCCGCUGCUGCCCCAGUAGUCACCAAGACCAUCGCCGCGCCCGCUGUCUCUUACUCCUCCGUGUCCACUCACCUCCGCCCCCCGUGUCCUACGCUAGGACCUACGCUGCCCCCGCUGUCGCCACCUACGCCGCUGCUGCCCCCGUGGUCGCCAGGACCUACUCCGCUCCCGCCUACACCUCGUACUCUGCUGCCCCCGUGGUCACUAAGACCUACUCCGCUCCCUCUUACGCUACAUACGCCGCCGCUCCGGCCUACUCCUCAUACUCGGCCGCACCCGCUGUCUCUCACGUCUCAUACUCCGGUCUGGGAGCCAACUACGGCUGGUGAACACAUGAUUGUUGAUAUUUAUUACUAGAAAUAGUACUAGUCAAAUCAAGUGGAAUAAGAAAAAUGUUGGAAAAGAACAAAUAAAUAAAAAUUGAAAAAUA